UUACCUUCCUUUCCAAGACUAAGAAUUCGAAACCAUUUACCUAAUUAGAACCAUGUUUUACGUUCUCAUUGCACUUUCACCUCAGUAUAAAUAUGUUGUCUCUUGCAUCUCGUAACCACAAGAAACAAUUAAUUAAUAUCAUCUCAUAAUUCACAUCCAUCUAAUCACAAUGCACAAGAGUGGUUCAAGUUCAGCUUUGGGUCCAGGGGGCUUGGACCUAACACAAGCCUUCUUCAAGUCCAUCAUGAACGCAGCACCUUCCUCUCCCACCAAGCGCCACAACAAGAUAUCUGUUGUUGGCGCUGGCAACGUGGGAAUGGCCAUAGCCCAAACCAUCCUCACUCAGGAUCUCACCGACGAGCUUGCACUCGUCGAUGCCAUUCCUGAGAAGCUCCGUGGCGAGAUGUUGGACCUCCAGCAUGCCGCCGCCUUCCUCCCCCGCACCAAAAUUCAUGCCUCUACGGACUACGCCGUUACGGCGGGCUCCGACCUCUGUAUUGUGACGGCCGGAGCCCGUCAGAUCAACGGCGAGUCGAGGCUUAACCUCCUACAAAGGAAUGUGACCCUUUUUCAGAAAAUCAUACCUCCUCUGGUUGGUCACUCCCCAGACACCAUUCUCCUUAUUGUUUCAAAUCCGGUGGACGUUCUCAGUUACGUGGCUUGGAAGCUCUCAGGGUUCCCUUCCAACCGCGUCAUUGGCUCUGGCACUAACUUGGACUCCUCACGUUUUCGUUUCCUCAUUGCUGAUCAUCUUGAUGUCAACGCCCAAGAUGUCCAGGCUUUUAUAGUGGGGGAACACGGUGACAGCUCGGUGGCCCUGUGGUCUAGCAUUAGUGUUGGGGGUGUUCCGGUGCUAAGCUUUUUGGAGAAGCAAGAAAUAGCGUAUGAGAGGGAAAUGUUGGAGAAGAUACAUAAAGAAGUUAUACAAGGUGCUUAUGAAGUGAUAAGUCUGAAAGGGUACACUUCUUGGGCGAUUGGGUACUCGGUGGCAAACUUGGCACGAAGCAUUCUUAGGAACCAAAGGAGGGUGCAUCCUGUGUCGGUUCUUGCAAAGGGUUUUUAUGGCAUCGAUGGUGGGGAAGUGUUUCUCAGCUUGCCUGCACAACUUGGAAGAGGAGGAGUGUUGGGUGUAACCAAUGUGCAUUUGACUGAAGAAGAGUCGCAGAGGCUUAGGGAUUCGGCAAACACGAUACUCGAGGUGCAGAAUCAGUUGGCUAUUUGAAUUUCAUUUCAAGCUUCCUAUGAUGAAGUCAGGUAGAUACUCAUGUAUCAAUGUUUGUUGUUAAUUAUCCUUUUUUACAAGAUCUUGUUUGUUCAUCUAUGUACUAAUUAAAAAAGUUUUUUUUUUUUUUUAAUAAGGAGUGAUGUAUUUUCUAUUUACAAUAUAUAAAA